CUCGCCGGCGACAGAGGGGGGCGGGGGCGCCGAGAGGCGGCGAGCGCAGCCGAGGCGUUUGUGAAACAGGAAGCGAGGAACGCAGCCGCGGAGGUUUACAGUACGGGAGGACUGGAGACGCUUGAGGUAGACGGAGAGAGAGAGAGAGGGAGGGAGGCGCCGCCGCUGCUUGCUUGCGGCCGACACGCGUGUCAUGGACUGCCGAGAGCAAGCGCCGUUACAGCAGGCGGAGUACCCGGAGACAUGUUGCGCCUAGGCGGCGGGGAGUUGUGACCUCGCUUCGCGGAGCGACAGCAGGACCCGAGCGAGCAGCGGAGGAGAGCGGCUGGGAAGGGGGGGCGGUGCUGGUGGUGUUGGGGCUGGGGGGGGAGAGAGAGAGAGACGGGGGUCUCCUACUCCGAGCCUCGCCGAUUCCAAAGACCCUCACCUGCCAGCGCUCGGCGUCACGGCGACCGGGCAGGAGGACAUGGGAGGCCAGCAUGCGCCGUGGCUGCUUGUAGGACUGUGAAGCCGUCCAAAACAAAAACCCAAACACACACACAUCAGUCAAGUCCGGUGGUGAAAUAUGGGGGUGGCUCGGGUCUUUGUCGGAGCCCUGUCAUUACAUAAUUAGAGCCCCGGAUCGGGCUGGACGAUCGCCCGUUGGCACCCGCCACCCUCUCGCCCCCAGACCGACUUGUGGACGUCGCUCUCCCGGCCGGGUGUUCUCCUCUCCCUCCAGCAUGAGCGUCAGGACCCCCGCCGCCUGAGACAUGGACUCGAACCCCCUGCUAUGUGCCAUGGACCCGUCGAUCACGCUGUGGCAGUUCCUGCUGCACCUCCUGGAGGACCAGAGCCACCGGCACCUGAUCUCCUGGACCUCCAGCGACGGCGAGUUCAAGCUGCUGGACGCCGAGGAGGUGGCGCGGCUCUGGGGGCUCCGCAAGAACAAGACCAACAUGAACUACGACAAGCUGAGCCGCGCCCUGCGCUACUACUACGACAAGAACAUCAUCAAGAAAGUGAGCGGUCAGAAGUUCGUCUACAAGUUCGUGACCUACCCCGACCCCGCCGCCACGGAGACCGUGAGGGAGGAGUCGAGGCGGAGGGAGAGCCUGGCGGACGCGCUGCACCUGCCCAAGGGCCCCGGCGGCGAGGGCGCCCCCUCCCUGCCCAAGGGGCUGCAGCUGCAGCGCCUCGCCGCCGGCCCCGGCGCGGCCCAGCGCAGCUCCCGCAACGACUACAUGAAGUCCGGCCUCUACUCCACCUUCACCAUCCAGUCCCUGCAGGCGCCCAGCAAGGCGGCCCGCCCCCCCAAAGCCGAGGCGCCCCCGCCCGCCGAGCCUUCCCAGAAAGCCCUGGCCGCCGACCGGCCGCUGCCAGAGGUGCGUGUGCAGGUGGCGGAACGGCCUGGCUGUGUGGAGGGUGCAGGCCUGGAGGAGCCCCUCACCCUGCAGGUGAUCGUCACCCAGCCCUCCCCCUCCGCCACCCCCGCCCUCAGCCCCCAGAUGGCCCCCGGGCCGGCUGAGGUCGGCACGGUGAGUGUGGCCGCCGCCGCGGACAAGAUGGGCUUUCAGCUGAACGCCCUUCACUGGGUCCCCGCCGAACCCGUGCCUGUCCCGGGAGAUCUCGACCUCGCCGCCCCGGCCGUCGACGCGCCUCUCUCUCCUGGAGACUUCGCCAGCCAGGCCGGGGGCGAGGGCGCCUGCAGGGUGAAGACUGAGCUGGCAGAAGGCACCCCCUCCCCCGCUGACUCACCAGAGGCCCCGCCCCCGAAGGCGAAGAAGCCCAAGGGCCUGGAGCUGCCGUCCUCGCCCACGGUGCUGCCCGGGGGGCUGUCUGCGGACAAGGUCAGCGCCGCGGUCAACAGCCUGCUGGCGCCGGGCAGCGCCAGCAACUCCCUGACGCCCACCGUCAUCACCUCCCACGCGCUGACCCCCGUGCUGCUGACGCCAAGCCCCCUGCCAUCCACCAUCCACUUCUGGAGCACGCUGAGCCCCAUCGCGCCGCGCAGCCCCGCCAAGCUCUCCUUCCAGUUCCCGUCCAACGGCAGCAGCCAGAUCCACAUCCCUGCCUUGAGUGUGGACGGCCUGUCCACGCCGGUGGUGCUGUCCCCCGGCCCGCAGAAGCCCUGAGGCUGCCGCAGCGCCGGCGCCGGCUGAGUUCACCCCCCGCGCUCCGGCAGGGGCCGGGGGGCUGGUCAUCACUCCCCGCGGGGCCAGGGAGGCGGCGGGGACGGACGGGAGAGAGGCGUGUCCAGCGGGGUCUGGAGUGGGCGCUGGGCACAGGUUGCGUGGCGCCGUCUUCUCUGGGCUGUCAUGAGCCUCCCGCCACGGAACGCCCUGGCGACUCCCGAGCAGCGAGGCAGCGUGGGAAGGCUUUAGAUCUUCAUCCGUGCGGCCCUGCGGGAGGCGGGCAGGGGGCGUUUCCUUUUCCGUCGCUGUGGUUUCGAUCCUGUUGCCGGGGGCACCCGGGCCUUUUCUGGCACCCGGGCCUGUGCUGUCUUCGCGGAUGACCUUUGACCUUUCGCGCAGGUCAGACUUGAUCCCCAAUGGGAAAUCUUGUCGAGAAACCCUGUGCUUUUUUUUUCUUUUUUUUUUUUUAGCCUUUGAAGCUUUUGAGAUGAAUGAUAUACAGUGACGUAGAGAUGUGCUAUCUGUUUUCAGUACGGGUUUGAAGGCGCGGGUCUGUGUCGCUGGGCACUGACACGUUUCCGUAAGAAGACUGAGCCUUCGGCCGUUUUCAGUGCCACAGCUUUCUGAGGAAACGAGCUCUUAACCUGCAUCCUUUUUACUCCAGCGGGCAGGGAAAGGCACAGAUGCCAAAAGACCGGUGGAUGUUUUCUUGUUAAAGGAUAGAAUUUGCUUCAGAAACACGGGAAGAGAACAGGAUUCCGACUCUCAUUCCCAGUGUGGUGAGCUCCGGCCCUGAUCCACCCUUCGUCCCUCUGCUGGUAGAGACCUCCAGCCAUUAGUGUUCAGGGGCUCCAUUACUCAGCUGUUUUUGUUACAGUUUCCUGAUGUCAUAGUCGGAAUGCCAGGAAGGAAUGGACACUUCGGAAUGUGCACUCUGAUCUUUAAAAAAAAAUUUUUUUAGGAUAACUCCAGGAAACGGAGACUAUUGACCAAAGCCAGCUGUUCUGACGAUGUCCGGCGGACGUUUUUUUUGUUUUCGAACCGAGACCACGGAUCUUGCCCCGUCUCGUUCAGGAAAGGGCUACAUCAACUUUCAUUCUUCUGCGUUACCAAAUACUGAACCGCGACGGGCCGGUCCGGCUCGGGGAUGACUCUGGUCUUCAUUCUUUUCUUUGGGUUUGUGAGGUCCAAGACCGGGGAAGUGUAAAGAUCCAGCUCUGUCGCAGCUUUUAGGCAUUCGUCCUUUGAAUGUUACCUUGUGGAUUAGUAUUAUUUCUGCUGAAUUUGCAAAUAUUUGUGUCUUGCUAUUUCUUUAAACCAGAAGCAUGAGGCUGUAUACCCUGGAGCAGUCACGCUCACUCUCUCUGCUACUGUCAUUGGUUUAAGACGAUCACUCGUAUUUCCAUUAGGUGGCCAGUUUGGAUUUGAGCACAAACUGAAGAUGGCAGUCUUGCAGAGAAAUUCAGAGGGAAGUCUGCCUGCAUCGCAUGUUUUCUGGUCCCAAGUGCCGUGCUUUUGUCGGCUGCAUCUCGUUUCUGAAAUCUCCGUUUUGUUAAGGUCUGAAAUAUGAACUUUGAUGAGAAACCGCUACUUCUUGAGCUGGCAUGCCUGGUGGACAGUUUAGUGAGCCGAGAAGCAUGUAUGAUGUUACACUGAAAUUUGAAAUAUAUAAUUUAAGGGCAGGCGAGAGUAUUUGAAGAUUGUGCCACCAAGAUGCAAUGCAAAUCGCGAUUCACAAUGCAAAUAUUUUUAUAGAUAUAGAUAUAUCAUCACAGAUAUAGUAUCAUUGCUAGAGUAUCAUUCGCUGCCAUGUGGAGUUUAUGGGUUUGUCUGAUGUCUCAGAAUAAGCAAUGGCAGUAAUUCUAUUGCAGUAUCACCUGACACAAGUGGUUCCCCUAAAUGUAUCAUUUCCUCUCACCCUGUUCUGCUGUGCAUGAGAAAGGUUUAGAAGAAAUGAGAGCAGCUUUGUCCCAUGAUACCUACGUUGUCCCAUCAUUCCAUGAUCAUUUGCAUCAGGUCCCAUGUCUCUAAAAGCCAAGAGGAGCCUAUGCGGCCCAUUGGGUAGUCAGAAGCUAACUGUUCCCUGGCAGGAUCUAAACCAGCUGUUUCCUGAAGGAAUUCAGGGCAUCGGCUUGAACAGCGUGGCAGGGGUAGCUUGUUCCAAACUCCCACCACCCUUUGUGUAAGACGAGCCUCCUGUCCUGUGAUUGGAGGAUCCCAUCCAUCCCAUUCUGAGGCCAGAGCAUCAUGAAGGGGGGAGGGGGUGGUUCUCGGGAGAACUGCCUCCGUUCCCGAUGGGGAACAUUUGAGCUUUGUCCACCUCUCUAGCCAGAUUUUUUAUUUGCUACACAAUUGGUUAAACGUCUGCUGAAGUUGUUUUCCUUUAAUUGAUGUUCACCAUAAUGUCUGCUGCCUAAUUGUUAGGGGCUCUUGGAUUUGAUUCUGGACUGGGGCUCCUUCUGUGCGGAGUUUGCGUGUUCUCCCCACGUUCACCAGGUGCUCUGGUUUCUCCUGAUCUCCCAGCGGCAGCAGGUGAAUCACUGCUUCUGUUAGCGCAGAUCAGAAACCAGCCCUGCUGUGGCUUGCUCUUGAUGCAGGAAACGUAUUUGACUCUCAUAUGUGCAGCUUUGAAACAAUAUGGUUUUGACUGAGUGACUGAAGAUGCCUCGUUAAGCACAGUGAUGGCGACAGUGGUUCUGUAAAACUAUUUUCCCUGACAAUGAUUGUUCUCUCUUUUCAACUUGAACCCCAGUCCUCACACAGCGGGUUCAUAGCCAUGGAGCCCAGACUCUCGAACCCCAGUCUGUACUCAACCAUGACGUACUCAGGGUUUACUAUUUUUCUUAAUCGAGUCAGUCAGCGAAUGAAUCGCUCUGACACGCCCGGCUGUCAGCGCCGCCAUCUCGGUCUCGGCCCGUUCACUGUCCAUCACCACAGGAAGACAAGGUCAGAGGUCAGAUCUGAGGGCAAGGAUCUCAAACCACUGAGUCUCCUUCCACACCCCCCACCACACACACACACACCAACACCCCCCACCACACACAGAGACAUGUGUUCACACACAGACA